UUGCGAACAAUUUUGGAAUUUUUCAUUGUAAUUUGCUAAAAAUAGAAAGGGAACAACUGAAAAUGUCGGGAAUGUCGGAGAAAUUUAAGAACUUUGUGGCCGAGUCCAUGGGCGACAAGGAUGCCACAGAGUUGCCUGGAAUUGGAUCGAUGCUGGCCGAACGCUUGACCGAAGCUGGAUUCGAAAAGGCAUACCACGUGCUCGGCCAAUUCUUGGUGUUUGGAAAAGAUGAAGACCUGUUCGUUAUGUGGUUAACGGAAUCUUUCCAGGCCAGCUUUGGGCAAGCUUUAGACUGCUACGAUUGCCUCUACCGAUGGUGCGAUUUGUUCUUGUAAGCGACUUCUCAGUCGGCUUAGACGGGUCCUUUGUGGAAAGGAAACGAAAGCAGAUCGGCAGCAGACAAAGACCAGAGCCCCAGAAAAUCAACAGACAAACAGCAAACAAACAGCAGACAAACAGA